AAGUCCUACAUCAACAUGAACACCAAGGUCUUCAUCCUCCUCGGCCUGGCAGCCAUUGCUGCUGCAGAUAGCUUCGAGUCCUACGAAUACAGGCCACCACAGAGUCGUUCCUCUGAGGAAUCCUACGAAUCCGGAGAAGCCAGAUACAACUUCCAAUGGGCUGUCGAUCACGAAGACUCCGGCAACAACUAUGGACACCAGGAAGCCCGUGACGGUGAAGACACUCAGGGAUCCUACUACGUGCACCUCCCCGACGGCCGCCUCCAGACCGUGAGAUACGUCGUGGACGGUGAUGACGGCUACGUGGCUGAGGUCAACUACGAAGGCGAGGCUCGUUUCCCCGACUCAUACGAGUCUGCUUCCUUCGAGUCUGCUUCCUUCGAGUCCCGCGAAUACAGGCCACGAUACUUCUAUGACUCCAAUGAGUCUAAAUAAGGACUCAAACAUCAUCGAACCUCAGGACCUGAAGGCUUCUCAGACACAUUUUAUUUAUGUAUUUAUGUACAAGAUUAAUAAAUUUGCAAUGUGAAACAAGUUUUGUUACAUUUAGAGCUCACCAUG